UCGUGCGAGAAAAUUCCCUUAUAUAGAGAUUGAAUAUCGUCCAUGACCAUUAUGAACAAAAGCGAGAUAUGCUCCCGCCAUGCUCGCCUGCACCUUCAUACCAUAAGCAGACUCAAGUCAAUAAAACGACCCACUUCUCUUCUCUUCUCUUCUCUUAUACUCACACCGCAUUUCAUUUCAAUAAUAAAAAAAAUUAAAAAUUAAAAAUGCAUCGAAUCGGUUUCAGAACGCGACCCCUUCUUCGCUUCUCUCGCCCUCGCACCAUUUUCUCUUCAACAAAACCUAUCAUCAAUUCAGCAAAUAAAAACCUACAAAAUCCCCAAACUGCCCCUCCACCACUUCCCGAUCACCGCCACGCGCUCUCUCCUAUCGCUUCGCAAUCCCAUUCUCGCGCCUCCCUCCUCGCUCUCUCCGCCGCCGCAAUCUCCGCCCUCCUCGCCUCCGCCGCGCUCCUCUCCGACUCCGACCACCGCGGAGCCGCCAAUCCCCUCUACGAGGGCGCGGAGCGCGUCGCGCGCAAGGCCGCGGACUCCUUCGACCGGCUCUUCCACCACGCCAAGCGCACCGGCGUCGCCGCCGCUGUCCUAUGGCAGUCGCUGCGCUCGGUGCUGUCUUCGGCGAACCACGAGGUCCGCUCCGGCUUCGAGAUUCGCGUCGCGGCCUUGCUCGCCGACAUCGCCGCCGCGAACUCAGGCCGCAGGGCCGCCAUCGUCGGGGGAGGCGGGGGCGCUGUGGUGGACUGGCUGCUGGGGCCCGUGGCGGUGGCGAAGGACGGCGGCGGCACUCAGGCGGAGUCGGCGAGGGCGCUGGCGUAUCUGAUUGCGGACCCUAACGUGUCCGCGGCGGUGCUUGGUCGGCCUCACGCGGUGCCGAAUCUUCUGAGGUUCAUCUUCUCGUGCCAGCCUCGGCGUUCAAAGAAUAAGAAGCAGCACUCAAGACGUAGUGCAUUUGAUAUUUCUGAUUCUUUGAAAGGCAGGAGCAUGCUUGUGGCUUCCAUCAUGGAUAUCGUUACGUCCAGCUGUGACAAUGCAGAAGAGGUAUCUUUUAAGCCAUCAUUGCCUGGAAAUGCUGAAACCAGAGACAUUGCUGCAGCCCUACAAGUUAUCGAGGAAGGGGGUUUGCAUUUGGAUGAGCCACCCGAUGGUGGAGAUGAUGAUGGUGGAACAAGAGGGAGAGGUAUUGGAAUCAAGAUACUUGAAGGUACCCCAGUUUUAGGGCUUUCAAGGACCAACAGUGAUGCUUGUCAUGAAGAACUGAAGCAUCAAACUCCUAAAACUCUCAUAUAUCAAAAUAAGUAUGACAAUUCGCUGGAACAAAAGAGUAUGUCUUCUGCUGUUGUUCCUGGCCUAUGGGACGAUUUACACUGUGAACAUGUUGCUGUUCCUUUUGCCACCUGGGCAUUGGCAAAUUGGGCAACGGCAUCACAGUUGAAUAGAUCUCAUAUUCAAGAACUGGAUCGAGAUGGAAAUGCUGUCAUGUCUGCUUUAAUGGCACCUGAGAGAUCUGUAAAAUGGCAUGCAAGUUUGGUGGUGUGGUUGCUAUUAGAAGAUCGGAAUACACCUUUGAAUGAAUCCGUUUCUGAUUGGGCUUCCAGUCUUCUUUCUACUAUAUCUCAGGCAUGCAAGCAUGAAGAUGUUUCUUUGGCUCAGGUAGCUUUCUCUGCCUUUCUCUUAUCUGUUGAGAGGAGCCCUGGAGUGCAGAAGAUAGUGAUGGAGGAGGGUCUUAAUCCAAUGAGAGACAUUGCCAAGCAGAUGACAAAGCAUAAGCAAGUGCAAGAAGCAAUGGCAAAGGCAUUAGAGCUACUUUGUACUGGUGAGCUGCAUUUGUCUCUUGAAGAGAGUCAAAAAUGGUCAGGAAUUCUUCUUCCUUGGGUUUUUGGAACAUUUUCCUCUGAUACUAUACGAUCUUCAGCCAUAAAGAUUCUUUCUCAGAUCUUGGAAGACUAUGGACCAACAUCUGUACCACUUUCUCAAGGAUGGUUAGCCAUGAUGCUAUCUGAAGUACAUAGUUCCAUCAAGAAAUCAAAUGAUAAAAGAACCAGUCAACCUAAGAGUGAUAAUGUAAAGACGUUAAUCAAUAAUGCAAAUAUUGCUAAUGCUGCACAAGUUGCGAAUCAACUAUCUAGUGCUGUUGUUAAUCUGGCAGCUAAACAAUUGGGAAUUACAUCUAGUACUGGGGAUACAAACCCACUGGCUGAUUUUCUGUCUCUGGGACCUUUAGCAGGACCAUUUAAAAAUUUAAAAAAAGAUAAUCUGCCUAAAUUAGAUGCUGCAGAUUCUGCCGUGGCAACCCUAAAAGGAAUUAAAGCUCUGACUGAAGUUUGUGCCGAAGACUCUCUGUGUCAGGACAUGAUAGUUGAUUUUGGGAUUUUAUGUUUGCUGAGGCGCUUCUUGUUGAGUGAUGAUUAUGAGAAAUUGGCUGCUAUUGAGGCUUAUGAUGCAUCAUCUAGAGCACAUGAGAGGAAGGAGCAGAUAUCAAAUGAAGACAGGGAACCAGCUAUAUCAGAUGUAAAUGAUCCAGCUAGUGUCCGUGUUCCACCUACCGCUCAUAUCCGCAAGCAUGCAGCUCGGUUGUUGACCAUCCUCUCACUGCUUCCCAAAGUCAAGAAGGUCAUCACAGCUGAUGAAACUUGGUGCAAAUGGCUUGAUGAUUGUGCUAAUGGGAGGAUUCCAGGUUGCAGUGACCUUAAAAUGCAAAGCUAUGCCAGGGCAGCACUUUUAAAUAUGUCUUGCAAUGACCAGCCUAAUGGAAAGUCUGAAAGUGGAAGUGGAGGCCUUUCUGAUGGUGGUGUAAAAAAUUAUAGGAACUUAUGUCCUCGGUAUGAUGACAUGAUAUUCUUGAUAAAUUCUCAUCUUCCUCACUGGAAAUAUCCCAAAGAAACAGAUAAACAAGAAGCUUUCUCAGAGGAGAUAUCUCUGGUUACUUAUGCUGAUACCGAGGAUGGAACAGAAUCCUGGAAUGACAGCAACUGCUCUAUUUCUUAUGAUUCAACUAAAAGCAACCCAGAUGAAAAUUGUCCUCUACUAGACAUAGUUUUUGUCCACGGACUCCGUGGUGGGCCUUACAAAACUUGGCGGAUAGCUGAGGAAAAAUCCUCAACUUCAUCACCUUUGGUGGAGAAGAUUGAUGAGGAAGCUGGAAAGCUUGGAACCUUUUGGCCUGGUGAAUGGCUUUCCAGUGAUUUUCCCGAGGCUCGGAUGUUUACCCUAAAAUACAAGACUAAUCUCACACAGUGGUCUGGAGCUAGCUUGCCUCUUCAGGAAGUUAGUUCUAUGCUAUUGGAUAAGCUUGUUGCAGCAGGAAUUGGGAAUCGACCUGUUGUUUUUGUUACUCACAGUAUGGGAGGCCUGGUUGUGAAGCAGAUUCUUCAUAAAGCAAAGGAUGAAAGAUUUGAUAAUCUUGUGAAAAAUACAAUAGGAAUUGUUUUUUAUAGCUGCCCACAUUUUGGUAGCAAACUUGCAGAUAUGCCUUGGCGAAUGGGUUUUGUACUCCGUCCUGCUCCAACAAUAGGAGAGCUAAGAAGUGGAUCUUCAAGACUAAUAGAGCUGAAUGACUAUAUUCGUCACCUUCAUAAGAAAGGGUUACUUGACGUCCUCAGCUUUUGUGAGACCAAGGUAACUCCAAUAGUUGAAGGUUAUGGUGGAUGGGCCUUCCGUACAGAAAUAGUACCAAUUGAGUCAGCUUAUCCUGGAUUUGGGGAAUUAGUUGUAUUGGAGUCAACAGAUCAUAUAAAUUCGUGCAAACCAGUGAGCCGUUUAGACCCUUCUUAUACGGAGACAUUAAAGUUCUUGCAGAAAUUAAAAGCAUGCAAUGGCUGAGCUAGUGUGUUUCCGCGGAAGAUACGUAAAUACCUGUAGAAGAGCUAUAGAUAGAUAUCUGUCAAAUGCAUGGCAAGUCCAUAUAUACUGUGAGUUCUACUUGAUACAACAAAAACACCCUUAUCUCACACAGUAAGAUCGGCUACAUGAUUACUAUUUUAACAUGUAUAAUGAAGCAAGCUUCAAGGUGGACUAACGUGCAAGUCUUCUAUUAGAUAUGGCUUGCCUAAGCUGUACAUUUUUUCAUUCAUCAAUCAUUCAUUUGAUCUAUUAGAUUUCAUGAAUGCUGUAAGGUCACCUGACCCUUAAGGAUUGUAAUCAGGGUCCCUUGUACAUAAAAAAUAGGAAACACAUAUAAGCCAUGUAUAUAUAUUCUUCAUUUAAUCAUAUCUUGUUCUCUCA